AUGUCCGACUCGCUCCUCUCCAACGUCGCUGGCUUCGCCGCCUUCGGCUUCGGCGUCCGCACCUUCCAGCUCGGCCUCCUUAAGCGUCCCAUCUUCUCUAGUGAGACUUCCCACCGACUCGAGACGCACGAACACCCGAUGAGGGAAGACCGAGACCCAUUCCCGCUACUCGACGUCGACAGCACUCGCGCAGAAUUGAGAUAA